AUGAUAACUGGAGCAGAAGGAUUUCAAACAGCUUGUGAUCAUAUUUUUCUUAGUAAAAAAUUUAACAAUUUAGAAGAAGCAAAUAAAGCUAUAUCUAAUGUUACAGAUUUACGCAAUAUUCAAGGAAUAGAUCAAAUCUAUCAUUUAUUACUUAAAGCCGAACAAACAAACGAUAUAAAAUACUUGAUACGUGCAUAUACAGCUGAAACGGAUUUUUACAAAGUAUUGAAUACUUGUCAUGCUCAACUUUCCUCUCGUAGAUAUACAGAAGAAGAAAGAGAGACAUGGUUUGUUAAAUUUGGUAAAACUCUUCAUAAAUCAGAACAACUUGAUAAAUAUAGAUGGAUGGGCACAACUUAUCGUGGACUCUUUGUAACGAAUAAAGAUCUCGAUCAAUACAAAGUUGGUGAUUAUAUUGUAAACAAAGCAUUUCUAUCAACAUCAAAAUCGCGUCAAAUUGCUGAAAAAUUUAUUUCUAUUUCAUCAACAGAUAAAUUAGCUAUUAUUUGUGUGUAUCAUUUGAAAAAAGAUGAAUAUGUACUUGAUAUAUCAUCGAUAUCGGAAUUUCCUGAAGAAGAAGAAGUACUGAUUUUACCAAAUGCAUGUUUCAAAGUUGAAAGAAUUAACAGACAAAUUUAUCCGAUUGAAAUCGAAUUAUCAUCCUGGUAA